GCAUCAGCUCAUCACUACGAUUGCAGCUACUUUCAGACCGCAGUAAGGCUAAAGUGCAACUAACUUCGGGGCAAUACAAGAUGAUUGUCCCGGGCAAUGCCCUUUCGUUAUUGAGUUUCUGAACGCAGCCAGUCCCCGCCUGCCUCUAAAAAGAACAUGGCGGCACCGAAGUCGUCCCAGUGUAACGCCUGACAUUAUUACACGAAUUUUACAAAAACUUUGUAUUAAAAUGUGAAAACCAUGAAUUAAAACAAGUGGUGUUGUGUAAUUUAAGAGUGUUUAAUGAUGUGCCGGACCGGGAUGUGCCGAUUUGGAAUCGGGAACUGGAUUUUUUUGAUCGCUUCGGCACAUUUGUUUACAUACGUCCAAGGGGUCGACGAGCUAGUCCCCGACGAAGGUGUCCGGUUGACAUCAGAACCGCACGACGCAGUGGUAGAGGAGGGGGACGCUGUUCUGCUGAGCUGUGCUGCAGCCAGAGGGGCCAAGAUACACUGGAGACACCGAGCUGAUGGUCCACCGAGGAGGGAUGAUGCAUUAUCCAGCGAGGAUAAGUACAGAAAGCAGCUGGUGAACGGCUCGCUAGUGAUAGAGAGCAUGUCAGCGACGCUGGCGGGGCAUUACCAAUGUGUAGCCACGGGAAGUGCCGGCAGUGUGGUUUCCAGGGUCGCGCUAUUAUAUUUGGCAGAAGUCCCAUCCCUCAUACCAGGCCCCCGUAGUAUCCUAGGCACAGUCGGAGCUCCAGCACUCCUCCCCUGUGGUGUCUCCGCCCCUCCAAGAGUAGCCGUGAGGCUGCAGGGUCCUGCAGCUCUGCCUGAGAGGAAGGUGUACUCUGCCGCCAGGUUACACAGUCCGCCACCGGUUUUGAAACUUAAUGUAACUUGGCUAAAGAACGGGUCACCAGUACGAUUGGAGGCAGCACGGGUGUCAGUGACCCCCAGUGGAGCGUUAGAACUUGAUCCACUGAGACCUCAUGACGCGGCUACCUACCGGUGUAGGGUGGCUCUAUCACCGCAUAAGCAUAGGACGGGCGAAGAGAUCGAGCUGCGCGUGAGCACGGAGCCGCCAGAUGAGGAGCCGCCACGUUUCGUCGCCACGCCACAACCAAUCACGGUCAUCGAAGGAGCAUCGGUGACAUUCGACUGCGCGGCGGUGGGCAACCCCAAGCCGGAGAUCACGUGGCUCAACAACGUAGGAGUCGCUAUCGACCUCAAUGACCUGGACUCGCGGUUCUACCUGGUGGGUUCUGGGUCCCUGCGUGUGCAGGCCGCUCGAGGACUAGACGCGGGUAGUUACACAUGCCGAGCACAUUCUCGGCUGGACUCUGCUGACAGCGCUACCACGUUGACCGUACUGACUGCGCCUCGCGUGUCACUCCCCGGCGGGGCGGUGGUGGCGGCGCGCACGCGCGGGGACGCGACGCUGCGCUGCGACGUGCGCGGCCGCGGCGCCGCCGUGGCGUGGCUGAAGGACGGCGAGCCGCUAACACCCAAUCAGCAUGAUAUAGCGCUCGUGGACGGGUCAUCGCUGCGCAUCCAAGGCGUGCUGCGCGUGGACGCGGGCAUGUUCCAGUGCGCGGCCAGCAGCGCGGCCGGCAGCGCCGUCGCCGCGCUGCGGCUCGUCGUGCUACCACCCGAUGACGAGCUCGCCUCCCUCCCCUCCCCUCCCGACAUCUUCAACUCGCUGGUCCCCGACCCCCCCGAGGCCGACUUCCUCGGCGAGACCUCCCCCGCGUUCACGCACCCACCGGACUACUAUGAUUACACGCUCACUGAAGGCCUGGAGCUGGCGCGAGAGAAUGGGACCAUCGUCAGCCCGCCCAGGGACCUGAGGGCGGUAAUCGUGAAGCAUCGCUUCGUGACGCUGAGCUGGCUAGAACCGGCCAGGAAGAUGGAAGAAGUGGUGGGCUAUGUGGUGGUGUAUCGGGUCAAAGGGAGCGAGAGGGAGCGAGUAUCACGAGGAAGCGCAACGCGGUUCGAGAUGAACGUCGCAACUCUGCAGCCUAACACUACAUACGUGUUCAGCGCGCGUGCACUCACGCUUAGCGCCAUUUCGCCGCCAACUGAGACGAUCGAAGCCCACACGGCGCCUGAAGAGCUAAGCUUCGGUCCCCCCACCAACGUCAAAGUGGAAGCCGCGGGUCCUCACAGCCUCCGUGUGAAGUGGUCACCGCCAGCGCAAGAACCGCAGCCACCACACUACACCGUACACUACACGGAGGUGGAAACAGGCCGCGAGCAAGUUGUAACGGCAGACGCGGACGAGACUGGAGGAUCCGUCACUCUAGCCGGGCUCCGCGCCGCCGCCGCUUACUCCGUGUCCGUCGCCGGCGCCGGUGGUGCGGCUGCCGAACCAGUCCUAACGAGGACGUUAGCGUUAGCGCCUUUAGCGCCGCCUGUGAAUGUCAGCGCUGAACCAGCUUCACCCACUUCGAUCCUGGUUCGCUGGGAAGCUCCCCCCGCCCGCACGCACCGCGGCCCCCUCACGGGGUACAAGGUUCGGUUCCGGGCCGCCGGCGCGAGGAGGAAGGCCGACUCUCUCACUACACCCGCUGAUGCGAGACGGGCAGAGUUGAGAGAUCUCGACCCUCACACCACAUAUCAGAUUCGUGUGUGCGCCAUCAACGCGAACGGGUCAGGUCCCUUCAGCGAGUGGCUCACAGCGGCCACACAAGCACGAGCGCAAGAUGAGUCGAGAGUACCGCCACAACCGCCACCACUAAGCACUCGCGCCGGCCGCGACUGGAUCUCAGUGUGGUGGGAGGAGGGUUCCGAGGGGGGCUCCCUGAUCCGCGGGUACCGGCUCGGCUGGGGGCUCGGAGUCCCCGACGUGCACGGGAAGGAUCUACCCGCUGCCACGCACCAUCAUGUCAUCAGAGGAUUAGAAUCGAACGCGGAAUACGUGAUAUCCCUCCACGCAUCGAACGCGCUAGGCGCGGGGCCUCCAGUGUAUGCUACUGUACGAACGAAGGCAGCAGCUGAGGGCGAUGACCUCGAGGAGGAUGAGGAGGACGAGGAGGAUGAAGAGGACGAGGAGGAACGACCUCCGUUAAUACCGCCCGUCGGACUUAAGGUGAUAAUGCUUAGCGGCAGCACGGCUGUGGUGUACUGGACCGACCCCACGCUACCUAAAGGACAGACGGCAACAGACGGGCGACGCUACGUGGUGCGCUACGCGGCCGCCGGCGCGGGGCAGCGCGCGCGCAGCUUCAACGCCACCGACCUCAACUGCAUGCUCGACGACCUCAAGCCUUUCACACUUUACGAGUUCGCCGUCAAACUCAUUAAAGGUGGUCAAGAAUCGGCGUGGUCGAUGCUGGUGUCGAACACGACGCUGGAGGCGGCGCCGGCGUCGCCUGUGCGCGAGCUGCGCGCGUCGCCGGCCGCGCCCGCCGCGCCCGCCGCGCGCGCCGCCGACCUGGCCUGGACGCCGCCCGCCAAGCCCAACGGAGUUAUUACAGGCUACACAAUAAUGUACGCCCCGUUGGGCGCGGGCGCGGGGGAGUGGACCGUGCAGAAGGUGGAGGGCGACCGCCCGCGGGCGAGGGUGGAGAGGCUGCGGGCACGGACCACGUACUCCUUCAAGGUGCAGGCCAAGAAUAGCAAGGGCGUCGGCCCCUUCUGUGCACCCAUUUCAUAUACCACUGGUAUUGAUACGGGUGGUGGCGGACUGGCGGGUGCCACAUCGGCGUGGCUGUGGGCAUCAGCGGGUGGUGCGUGCGCCGUUUUAGCGCUCGCUGCCGCUUUAGCGUUGUCGCUAUGUUGCCGAAAGGCGCCACCUUUGUCGCCACACACUAGCACGUACCAGAAGUCGUCAGCGUCGGCGGGCAUCAAGCCCCCGGACCUGUGGAUCCACCACGACCAGAUGGAGCUCAAGCAUCUCGACAAGAGUCUGCACAGCUCAGCUAGUAAGAUAUCAGCCGGCAGUGUAGACGGGCCGUCAGCGCUGGCGUCGUCCACUCUAACACUGACGCGAGCCCCGGCCGAGUACGAACCGGCGCGGCACCCGCCGCCCGCCAGCCUCGACCGGAGACACUACGUGCCUACUUAUGUCGGUCACGUGGACGGGCCGUCGGCGCUGGCGUCCUCCACUCUAACACUGACGCGAGCGCCGGCCGAGUACGAGCCGGCGCGGCACCCGCCGCCCGCCAGCCUCGACCGGACACACUACGUGCCUACUUAUGUCGCGCUGGCGUCGUCCACUCUAACACUGACGCGCGCGCCGGCCGAGUACGAGCCGGCGCGGCACCCGCCGCCCGCCAGCCUCGACCGGAGACACUACGUGCCUACUUAUGUCGCGAUGACGGGCAUGGGCAUGGGCGUGGGCGUGGGCGUGGGCGCGGGCUGCGCGGCGAGCUGCGAGCGCCGCGCGCUGCGCCCGCCGCUCGGCCUGCCGCAUGUCGACCAGCAGGAGUGUUUCCAGAGCACGCCGCUGCUGGCGGGCGUGGCGCCACUGUCGCCGCAAUCUUCUCUGGCGUCGCUACAUGCGCACGGACAUCCUGGUCACGCGCAUAAUACACUGCCGCACACGCACUCGCUCGCGCACCCGCCGCCCGCGCCGUGCGGAGGCGGCACUUGUCCGCUCGGCGCCGCCUGCGCACCCAUCGGCGGCACCACGCCCGCCGGCUCCGACAUCUACGCAUGCGCGGCGAGGGAGAGGGGGCACUAUGUCGCUUACGAACCGCUAGGACAUUACACGCAUCGCGAUUCAAUGAGUAGCGAGGCGGGGGGUCUGAGCGGCGCGGGCGCGAGCGGGGCCAGUGGCGCUAGUGGCUCCCUCAGCGGGACCGGAGGCAGCUUACAACGCCGCGCCUGCGCAGGGCCGUUACACAGCUUUGCUGACUCGCCGCAUUCUACGCCCAGCCACGGGCAGGGUAGCGUGAGAGAGACGUCGCCGUACAAGAAGAGCAACAGUUCCUCGCCCGGACACAUCCCCAAUCGGCUGCAGCUGGGUGGCAGCGUCGCGCACUGCCCCGAGGAGCUAGAAGCGCUCACGCCGUCCCGCUCUACCGAGCGGCUCGCGAGGGAGAUGCAGAACCUGGAGGGGCUCAUGAAGGACCUGUCCGCCAUCACGCAGCAGCAGUUCCACUGCUAGCGCACCGCCACUCCUCCGACCGAAGGGGAGAUACGUGUAUAACGGACUAGUUGACUGUUUAUCGAACGCCAAUCCAAUAGUAAAAAUAUAUG